AUGAUCCAGCCGUACGCCACUUCUAUCAAGAACUGCUUGGUUAAACUCGCCGCCAGCGGAUCUGCUAAAACCAGAGCCGCGGCUUUGGAAGCAUUAUCUACAUUACUCGAUAUCAAAAGAGCCCACAUUGAUGUUUCUGAUUUCAAUAUUCAAGAUAUGUUUACGCAGUUCUCUCGUGACUUCUCGCUACCCGUCUCCAAGACGCCAGCUUCAGUGAAAGGAUCUAUCCUCGAACUAUUGGGUGUCAUUAUUCGAUAUCAUUAUAAAACGAUUAAGCAGGGUGAUAUUGCUCAAGUCGUACGAUGGAGCUUUAUCACAUUACGGGAACAGUUGUUCACAAACAAGCCGGCCGAGAAUGCGAUACUGCGAGGUAUACUUGGUGGAUUGGAUCAUCUGCUCUCUUGCGAGAUAAUAGAGUUGGAUACUGAACAAACGGAUUUGCUGUACAAAAGUGUCCGUACGCUGUUCAAUAUACCAGGAGGUCUUGCCCGCUACGAAGCCCCUUUAGCUGCUCUCACAAUGUUCAGCAACCACGUGGCUACUUUUGAAAAAUACAUUGUUCAAGAUAGCCAAGUUCUCUAUAAAGAGUUGAACAAGCUUUGUGGACAUCAAAAUAGAAAUGUCAGCAGUAUGGGAUAUAGAUCCAUGGAGAAUUUUUUGAAAGAGGUGUCGAAACAAUUAUCAGCCAAGCAGCCAGGAAAACAAGAACGUGUGUCCUUUAACUUCUUUAUGGACAUCUUUAUCCGCACUCUGCGCCAGAAAAUUGACGAAGUUAGCUUCCGAGAACUCUCUGUGGCAAUCCGUGGCAUUGGUUAUUUCUCUCGGGCAUUCGAUAAAUUUUUGACGUCAGAAGAGAUUGAUGCUCUGCGAGAAUAUCUUGUCAAGAUUAGCUCGUGGUUUUAUUCUGCGUACAACAAGGAUCACAGACAAAUGGCUGCGCAUCUGCCAGCGUUCAUCCAAGCAUACACCUACUUUGCUGCAAGUCAGACCAAUAUUACGCCCACAUUCAUGAGCACGAUGGUCAAAUUGAUCAAUGUGUUCGUUUACAGCUAUAUCCGUUUGAAUACCAUCACUCGCUCGACAGGCUUAUAUGCCAUCCGCGAUCUGUUACAAGCGUUGUACUACAAGGGCGAGGGAACAUUGCGCUCGUUCCUCAGUGCUUUCUUGUACGAAACACUGAUAGCGACAUGCACUGAUGACCAAUCUGGCUCCUACGAAGGUCAAGAAUCCUACAUCGAGUUUAUAUACUUUUGGAAAACGCUUCUCAAUGCCAAACUGGAAACGGAUAGGCCAAGAAAGCGACAAAAACAUCAAAAACGACGACAAGAAGAGGCGGAAAGGACGGUUGAAUCCGAUUCAGAAACAGAUAUCGAAAGCGACAACGAAAUGGAUGUAGACGACGAUGACAAUAGUAACAAUGGCGAUGGCCAGGAGAAUGAGGAUUUGCCUAUGGAUCUACAAGCUAUUCUUUUCGAUGAGUUCCUUACAGCAUUUCUUCGACUUGUAAAAACCUUCAAUUUGGAUUUGACUAGAAAAGAGGACGGAAUCGAUACUGCGGCAAUAAGUAGCGAAGAUUCAACAUCAGCGACUAAUGCCGCUAUUGAAGGCAUCGCCACGCCAAAUAUGUUGCAGGCCGUUAACGAACAACAUUUUGUGAUUUUUCAAAACGCUGUGGAAUUCUGGUGCAUGUUACUGCCCAAACUGCAUACCCACCGGCUCAGGGACUGGACUUAUCUUGCUGCUAGUGCACUUAUUGAUCUCAGCCUUCGACGGCCUCUUGUAAGUGGAUUCUACAAGAUGCUUGCGGCCAUGCUUUCGGUUGCACAUAGGCGUAAGCUUUUUGAAGGCUACAAAAGUCUCUAUGCAGCUCAGCAACAACGCAAGCAAUUGGGUGCCAUCUGUGACAUAUCGGAAACUCAGACGGAUAUGUUUUCUGCUUUUGUCAUUUUCCGCGAUUUCCUAAGGGAGGCCUGGCACCGGGUACAGCAAUUUAAGGAUGAGCUACUAGCUUCAUGCCUUCGUGCCAUUCUCGCUUAUCCCUUGGCUUUCUUUGACGUACACGAGCUCGUACUUCCUAUCCGCACUGCUUUUCGACUCGGCCUGACUGUGUACUCGUUAUCUGACACUGCCCUGGAUGUCUUAUACGAGUUGACGAAUCCGGAUGCCCCAAAUCAAGAUUUGACCUCAUUCUUUAGUGAUAUUUUACCCUCUAUGAACGAAUACCUAUUGAUGGAUUUGGGAUCCAAAGAAGAUAAGAACCAGCCUAAUACAGACGCACUGAAAAAAUGGAAUCCCACCACUCGAGCUCAACGCAAACAAGAAAAAUAUCACUACAAACCAGAACAAGAAGCGCUAGGCACUGUGCAGGCCGAAAGUGUCACCAGUCUGCGCGAUGUACAGUUGCGGGUCGUUCGAUUCUUGGGUCGUAUUGGUGGUGCGAACAAACUUAUGCUCAAAGACAAGAAUAGUAAUCAAACACGGAACGAUGAUAGCAAGGAAGAUGCUACUAGUGUCUACGAAUAUCGACAGCAGCUGCUCGCCUGGGAUCCAGACAGACAAUUAAAGAUCAGACUGCCUUUUCCGAACGCCAAUAUUGACGUGACCAUGGAUGAGAUGCUACCACGUAUCUGCGAGUUGGCUGAAUCUUCACCUGAUCGACAAGUCAAGGUAGCUGCGUGCGAACUUUUACACGGAUUGGUACUCUCAAUGAUUGGUGAUAGUGCUUUUCGAGCUCGAGAUAGUACGGAAGCUGUUCAAUCGCGCUACCACAAGGUGUAUAUCCGUGUGUUCCCCAUUCUUCUGCGUCUUGCUAUUGACGUGGAAACAAUUGCGCGAGACAUGUUUAGCACGCUGGUACGACAAUUGAUCCAUUGGUUCACUAAUAACGCACAGUACGAAAAUCCGGAAACAGUCGCUUUAUUACAAGCAUGUAUCGAUGCGGCUUGCAGUACAGAUGCUGGCCUUCGCGAUUAUGGUGCUGAUUGCAUCCAAGAGUUUGCUCUAUGGUCGAUCCGGCAACAAGAUGCAAGUGGAACCAGAGAGAACAGCCCCAUGAAUAUCAAAUCCUUGCUCAAGCGUGUGUACAAUCUUGCAUCUAAUCCUAGCUCGCGACAGCGACUUGGCGCAUGCAUCAUCUUUAACCGUAUCUAUCGCACCUUCCGCGAAGAGGAUGCACUCGUGAAUGAGUUUACUCUGGAGUUGCUGUACUGGAUCUUUUUUAGUUUGAAGCUCGCUGAAGAGGAUCACCCUUUAAUUGGAACUUUGGAUCAAGCCAAAGAAGCCAUCACACAUAUCAAACGGAUCAUAAUGAAGAAACUUGCAUUAUUCAACACUGUCGACAACAAUCGCAGGAGAUUUCCUGGUAUCGAAGAGGAGGCAAAUUUAGCUGCUAUAGUUGGGUGGACGUUUGAUCAAACUGCUCAAACUCAGCGAGAAUAUGCAAGAGAAUGCAUGAAGUUUUUUGAACAGUUUGUGGGACAUAUUACAGGUGUUAAAUCUGGUAAAGAAUGGCUCGCCAAGCGACUACGGGAAAAAGGUCGAAUGUUGCAAGAUCGAUUUGAGACGAACCGGCUUCGCCCAACAAACAUUGAUAACAAGAACGGUCUCCUAUGGCUUCGGCAGUUACGAAGUGCUCUGGAUGGCUACUUAUGGCUCUUGGAACAUAAAAUGGUGACAUUGCCAUUUUUGUUGGAACUCGAACCAUCGUCAUGGACCGAAGCAUGUGUCUAUCUCCUGGAUCAUUCGCCCGAGGAUAUCUUUGGUCGUCAAAACAGCAUCGAGAAAACAAAGGCACAAGCUCUCUAUGCUUACGCUUAUUAUCAACUUGUUGCGGUCAUUACCGAAGCCGGAAGCACUGGAAGUGAUCCACAGAGCAAAGAAACAGUGGAGGACCAUUUGCAGGCGGAAAGCGUUCUGGAAACAUUUGUGGCCCGUGGAAUCCUAACUCAUGAAACCUUUGUGUCCAUGGUUGUUCAGUUUUUGCUUCUGCCAAAUCAGUACGUCGAAGCGGCCAAGGCAGAGCAAGGAUCCAUAGCGAACAAACUUUCUGACGAGAUGAUUCGAAAGCUGGUCCGCAAGUUUCUACGCUUGAUGACAGAACAAGGGCCAGGCAAAUUCAUGCGUCUGUUCAACAAAACUUGCAGUACUGUUCUCUAUUCGCGCAAUGUCGACCUGACCAAUUUGCAGCUUAAUCAAAGUGCAUUGAAUGAUAUGUUGCAAAUUGUGGAUGGUAUCAAGAUACUUCAAGACCUGGAUUUGUUUGACGAUGUGUGCAAAGCGGCUUCAGAGUCAAGCGGAGGAGCUAGAUCAGCCCAUGACUAUUGCGCUGCAUUGUUGGACAAGUUUGUGCAAUAUAGUAGCACCACCGAGCCAGUGUGGAUCGAGCUUGUUGGUGAAAUUCUAGUGAUUGCGUUCCAUCAGCCAGGAUUUGCUGCGAAAUAUGCAACACAGCUCUUGCUGGAGAACAGCUCGACCUAUGCUGACCGACUGGCUACCUACCAAAGAUUUAAUGCCUAUAUCAACGACUGUAUUGCCAUGAACUUCAAGCACUUUGCACCAGUGCUGAUUUCUCAUGCAAACGACAGCUUUAUUCACGAAGUUGUCAUUGGCCUUGUCACGUACCUUAGAACCGAAAGAAGCGCACACAAGGACGAGAUAUCGCAGUUUGUCGAUCAACUCCUGUCCGAAACGACAUUCUUAGAUGAUAUUAUCAAAGCAUGGGGCAAUGACUCAAAUGUGGCAGAUCUGAUCAAGUUUCUGACCGGAUUGCUUGGUGCUGAUUCUGGCAUACCUAUUCGUACAAAAGGACAACCCAUCUUUUCAACGUUAUGUGAAGCAUUACAAGUAUGCUUGGCUCCCGGAGUUUCAUUGGCCAUUAAAAUCGAAGCAUUUGAGCUUAUUCCCGUAUUCAUUACUGUCUCGGGAGAACACAUUGAUAAGAUUGCAAAAGCGGUUGAUGAUACCGUUAGACGGCAACUCAACUACCGAUCAACUGAUCUUGAUCCGAGCACGACCGUCUAUCGAGAAUAUGUUGACGGAUUGGAAAAGCUGUUAGAAAUCAUGUCUCAGUUCAGUGCCCUCUGGAUGUUCGAGAUUCUUUUUCCUGUGUUUAUACAAGAAGACAACCACACCCAUAAUGACAUUAUCCAGAUGCAUAUCAGCAAGUAUGCGAGAAGACUGGGUCCUACAGACUUCAAAAAGACUGUUUCAAUCUGUUUCAACUUCUACAAAGAUGAAAAGCAAAGAAUGGACUGGCGCCGCGCAGCAAUCAAUUUGAUCAUCUCUCUCCAUGCGCUUGUGCCUGAGGGACACGUGGUUACGUUUUACAUGGACAAUAUCCGGUAUAUCAUGAGCAUUGUAUUACGCGAAGCGCUAAGGCGUGGCAGUGAUCAAGAAGUAAUGGACGACAUGGAGGAACGAAUGUGCUGCUUCCGACUGAUGCAAUCCAUGUAUGAGAAGCUACCGGCCGUCGAGGCUCAUACAAAAACCAGCAAAAUUGUCGAAGUCUAUGUGGGAAAACCGCUUGACGAGCAUAGCGGUCGGAAGCUUAUGACGGAUUUGAUUACACACCUCAGCCCCGUCGUCAAGGAAAAAGAAGCCCCGUCCAGCAACCCAUCCAUCAAUGAAACAAGGCUUCACUACCACCGUGUUGCUUACAAUACAAUGACAGCGGCGAUAAUGCGCACCCAAAAGUCGGCUACCAUCUUUUCGGGUUACCUUUUGCCAAAACCAAUCUGGGAGAAUAUAGUGGACACUACGGAAGAUAUUUCAUUGCCAGCAGCUCUUGAUAAGAGGAUGGAACAGGAGCGCGUAGUCGAGUACAAGCGAAGAUCUGACGAGCGAGAGAAAGAAGAGCAGGACGCAAGUAUAAAAUACAUGGCAUCUAUCCAAAUGACUACGAACAGUUUGACCCAGGCAUCCUUGACCGAUAUGGCAUUGGCGUCCUUGGGUUUCAGCGCAGAUUCAGCGGAAAACGAUACAACCGGGGAAGAAGCGAACGACAACUCACCGUUCUCAGAGGACGAGGAACAGAUUACGAUUGACAGAUCUCGGGACAAAGGCAUGAUGGAAAAAGACCAAAUCAGCUCAAAUCCUUGCAUGAAAUCCAUUAUGGUCAUCAUCAGACGGUUAUACAAAAUUGCUCCUGCGAACGAAGACAAAUCUAUGCCGGACUGGAUAAGAAAUUUUCUCAAAGCAUUUACUGCUCAGGGUACCCCACUACAGGUGCGCCUUUUUUUCGCAAAAGCGGUGUACUUUGAAUCGGAUCCAUUUGAGCCAUAUGCAGAAUACUGGAUUAGACCGUUGAUGCAACUUGCAAAAGAAGCCGAUAAGUAUGGUGACCCUAUAAAUUACAUGGCACUUGACAUCUGCGCGAUUGUUAUGCUCUGGGGUGUUAACAAUAAGAUGCGGGACACCUAUGAGGAUCGAUACCUGUUGUACGAGUUUGUUGAUUAUUUCAUGAAGCAUGGGUACAAUAAGAACACUCAGGUCCAAAGAAAGGUUGUCAAUGUUCUUAAAGGAGCAUUUGAAAACUGGAAGAAACAAAUUAUUGUGCCAACGCGUACCGUCUACAACGAAAUUGUCACACAGAGGGAAGGACGUGGUGAUGAGCUUGGCUUGCAACUUGUCGGCAUUGCCUUGGCGCAUGAUAUGGAUCCAUUCUAUGACGGACCAGAGGUCAAACUCGAGGGACUCACCGAGGAAGAAUUUUACAGGGGCAUCAGCACAAACCUUUGGAACUCAUACGCUGAGGUCCAUAGCAGCGCUGCUGAAAUUCUCGGCUGGGCCGUAGAACUGAAAAAGAAGCGUGGAAAUUCAACAGAAUAUCUUGAAAAGCUCAUUGACGCCUGCAUCAACAGAAUGGAUCCAUUUGGUACCAAAAAGAGCAAGUAUACCUCUGAAGCUCGGUUCCUCAGGUGUAUCCAGCGCAUUCAAAUCCACGACAAAGACAUCGCCAAGAACUAUCUAAACAAAGUCCUAUAUCUUAUUCCACAACUCUAUGGCGACUUGAAAAUCAUUGCGCUACGAAUUAUUGCCGGAGCAAGUGAGGAUAUUCCAGACUUGUUCAAAUCCAUCCAAAGCAAAAAGCUAUUAAAGACGCUAACGCGCGGUGAUGAUCAAGGGCAAAUUCUACUUUUGACUACUCUGGAGAAAAUAGCAAAAUCGUUAACCCUACCACAAAUCGACCAUGCUGUUAAUACGAUCUCAAACAACUUUGUAAAUCAUGCGAAUUCUGAAUGCAGACGGCUGUUUUACAAGUUUAUGCAAUCCGUCAAUGAUGUUGUUAAAGCAGCGAAUGACCAGGUUCUUGGUGACAAAAUCAAGGUGUUUGUACUUCAAGGAAUGGUUGAUCCAGACAAUAAUAUCCGUAAUACAGCCACUUCGUAUAUCAAGACGAGCUAUGGUAUCCAAGAUGAUAUCUACAACAGACUCAAGGCAGUUAUGGGCGAUAUGUACAUGCCAGAGAUUGAAAGUCAAUAUCUGCUGUACAGCACAGAAAUGAUUCUGGAUACCACGAAACAGGGCGAUGAUUAUGAAACGCCCAUCUUCAAGGACGCAUUACCGAAUGCCAGGUUUGAUGCUGGUUACACGAAAAUCGACACUUCCUGGCAAUUGAGAAACCCCAUGACACCAUUAUUCGUAGCAACCCAGGAUCAGUCAUUGAACAGCCAAGGUUAUUUGGGAGGCGUUCGUGCUACACAAACUUCUUUCCAAUUCUCAUUGACACAAAGUGCAGCAACACAAGGUCCUUCUCUGGCAUCCACGUUUUCAUCGUCAGUUUUCGCAAACUCAAUGGAUAUUGACUCGUCGACUGCUGCAGACGAAAGCCAACAAGCGACAAAUGACUACAGAAGUGCUGUGGGUCGUAGUCCCAGUAAAAAGAAGAGUUUUAACAAAUACCAACUUUUCAAUCAGCGUGCCUACAACCCUUCUCAGAAUGAAGAAGCAUUACAUUUUUCGGAUAUGCACGACAGACGAAGGAAGCGAGCCCGUAGAGCAGAACAGCUUCAGAAACAAGCAAGGGAAAAGAAAGUUCAAAUGAUACGCGAUUAUCGGAUGGGCGACCUGCCCGAUGUACAGAUCAAACAUUUUGAGCUUGUUCUUCCUUUACAAGUACUUGGUCGAAGCGACAACGAUAUCGCGCGCAUGUUGUAUGCUGUCCUUGCAUCAACGAUUGCUGACCAUGGUGAAAGGCUUCGAGGAAAGACUGGCUACCGAAAUGAAAUCGCUCAGAUAGCGCACGAAAAUUUGGAAAAGAGCAAAAUGUAUUUUCCUCCAGCCAUUGGCUCAUUCUUACGAAUCAAUUACGAAAUACCUACCACGGGAGUUUCUACUGCUGUCGUCAAUACGUGCAGCCAAAGAAGCUUUAAUCAAAAUAUCGCAAUUGCACUGAUUGAAAGACAAUUCCUUUAUCAUGUUGAAGACAAACCAAAACAGCCCUCCAAAAAAGCUCGCACAACCAAAACGCCAAAGCUAGGCCACGAUAAGAAGCAAUGGAUUGACUUGGCUCAAUUAUACAAGUCGGUUGACCAACCUGAGAUCUUCCAAAACCUCUACCAAGCACAUGUUGCUUCUGUUUCGACAUCGAAAGAGGCAAUCGAUGCCGAAAUUCAGAACCGUUACGCAGAUGCUGCCAACCUGUUUGUAGAACUUUAUGACAACUAUAAAGAUGAUGUGGAUCCUGAAGAACGCAAUCUUUGGAUGCAAGAACUCCUAAACUGCUACGAACAACUUACUGAGUGGCAAGAUAUGGCAGCGACUGUGAGUGACAAGUUCAACAAUAACUUUGAAGCAAUCUGGGAUGAUUCAGAAAAGGAUGAGUACAUCAAAUACUUCAUGCGAAGCUACACCAAGUUACGACAAGGGUUGAUAGAUAACGAUGGCGAGUUUACCCCUUGGACCGAUGAACGACCCAACCCUGUCUUUGACUUUGUUGGAUCCGCCAACAAAGUUCCUGAGCGUAUGCAAUAUCUUCUUCAUCAUGUUGCAUGUGAUGUCUCUCAGAAUGCCAUUUGGAAAAGCGAGUACGAUCGUGCCCGCUUUUACACGAGAGAAUCAUACGAUAGCUUGCUGUCUAUCUGGACCAGUCUACACCCAUUAGCCUAUGGUAGUAGAAUGGCACAGCUGGCAGUUUUGGAAAGAACAGUUGAGCUUGAAGAAUUCUUGGAUGUUGUGUCAGAUUUACAAAGAAGCAAUGCUGGACGCAAUCAAGUUGAAAGUUACAUGCGCGGUCUAUUGAAAAAGUUCCCGGACAACCGACUAGAUGCCAUGGAUGUGUGGGAUGACAUAACCGAUUCAAGAUACCUUUUCCUCGAUGAGCUUGAGGGCAUGCGAGCAGACCUAAAGGAACGCAUACCCGAUCAAAACGCGUUUAAUGAUUGCAAAAAGAGUCUUCUAAAAUCGAUGAUAUCAGCUGCCCGACAACAGAACAAUGUCAAUGUUGCAUCAACGCGAUUCAGGCAACUCGACUUGUUUGGCAUUUCCAAGGAAGAGAAGACUGUUAUGCAGCUGGAAAAUCGAUUAUUGCUUGUACCAACACUUAAAAAUGAUGCCCAGCUCAGUACGAUCGCGCGUAUGAUCAACAUAGUCAUCAAAAACGAAGGACCUAUUACACGUAGCCAACAUAAGAACGAUUUCUUGCUCGCCGCUGCUGAUACAUUUGAAUAUGCGAAAACAAAACUUCAAGAAGAUCCCGAUGAAGCGUUUACCGCUUUGAUGUCAUCAAGUUCGUUGGUGAAUUUGUUGAGCAAACACAAGUUCAAAAAUGCGGCAAUGCUCUCCAACUAUUUGAACAGCACUGCCUGCCAAUACCUACAAGAUGUCUAUGUCGCCACUAUGGAUGCGGACCAAUCCAUACAUUUAGCUUGUCUUUGGAAAUUGGCCGACUAUUGCGACAAUGCUCUUGUUGCCAACGAGGAAGAAUCGUCUAAAGUCAAGAUCAAGAUUGACACGGAGUUGUAUAGCCGUAUUGUUAUUGACAACUAUUUCAGGGCGAUGGAACUAGGAAAGAAGGAAGCAAUCGAACGUUUCCCUCGACUUUUGGACCUGAUUGAACGAUAUCCAGAAAAUGGACCCGAAUUCAAAUCAAAGGCGGAAUCAUUUGGUCCAACCUGGAUGUAUAUACGAUGGAUUCCACAAAUGGUUGCUAUCAUGGACAACCCCAUCGCCGUGAACGUGUUCCCAGCGCUGCAUCAUCUUGCAUUGAGCUACCCAAAUGCGAUAUACUAUGCAUUCAAUAUCAGCAACGAGCAUUUCAAAGCGAUUGGCGACAAGCUUGACGAGACAACGCGUAACCAUAUCACAAAGCUUGCUAAUGCUCUCUACUCAAGCAUGCGAGAAAAAUUCAUUACGGAGCUGCGACGUCUCACAAACCCGGAGCAUAUCGUUAAGGACUUUGCUGGUUUCCUUGAGACGGUGCUCUACAGUGAUGAUAUCAGCAGAGAAUACGUUCAGAAUGCAUAUAAUGAGUUCAAUGACCUGGUGAUGAAUUCACGCAGCAGUGAAAUGGGUGAGAUCCCCAAAGAUUUUGCAGUGCUGAAUGCGUCCUAUCUGAGAGAUUGCUUUGGCACCCAAGGGUCCAAGCUUUUCAAAAUGACGAGAACGCAAAUUCAAAAUUUGCGUGCUUUUGCAGAAAAAGCGAAGAAAUCAUCAAAGAAUCCAGACAGGCUAGGCUCAUACUCUCCAUUCCUCGCUGAAUUUCAAGGCACAGAGUGGGAAGAGAAUAUUGAGAUACCCGGUCAGUAUUCAGGUUUCAAGCAGCCUCACCCCGAAGAUCAUGCCAAGGUUGCAAGCUUUGAUGAAAGGCUGCUAGUUAUGUCGUCCAUGCGGGCACCUAAGCGUCUUCGAAUCUAUGGUACUGAUGAAAAGAAGCACGACUUCUUAAUCAAGGGCGGUGAAGAUCUUCGUUUGGAUCAACGUCUUCAACAGCUGUUCACCGUGAUGAACGAGAUCCUCCAGGAAGACCCGUACUGUGCUCGACACAAUGUUAAUAUCCGAACGUACAAGGUUGUUCCCAUGUCCACUACUGUAGGCAUGAUCGAAUGGGUUGCGGAUACCAUGCCACUGCAGUCGUGCUUAGACUCCAUCGAUUCCACAGCCGUCAAGCGAACCAAAACACGCUAUAACAACUAUAUUGACAAAUACAGGCCCAGGGGCGCCAGCCACGGCUUCAUCUACACAUACUCUGCUGACCGCGACAAAAUCGUUGAAAACUACGAGUCUAGUGCAAGCUUGGCUCGACAAGAUAUGUUGCGGGACUACUUUUUACGACUUGCCGCAUCCCCUGAAGCAUUCUUAUACAUCCGGGAGGACUUUGUCCAUAGUUUAGCGGCAGUGUCAAUUUCGGGCUAUGUACUUGGUAUUGGUGACCGACAUUUGGAUAAUUUCUUGGUGGACCUAAACUCUGGCCAAUUGGUUCCUAUCGAUUUCGGUUAUGCAUUUGGAGCAGCGACAGAAAUGUUGCCUUAUCCUGAAUUGAUGCCGUUCCGUUUGACAAAACAACUUACUGGCGUCUGCGAGCCAGUAGGCGUAUCAGGGAUGCUGGAGACUCCAAUGAUACACAUUCUGCAAGCAUUACAAGACAAGAAAAGUACGCUUCUCAACACUAUGGAUGUUUUCAUCAAAGAACCAUUGCUUGAUUGGCGGAAGGAGGCCAUAAUUGAAGCAAAGCGACAAAAACAAAGAUCUGGCUCUAUUGAUGGUGGAGGUAACACUGGACGGUCCGGACGGUCCGGACGAGCUGGUGCUGCUACUGCUUCAAACCCCAGUGCAUCCAGCACAACUUCUACUGCUAGAGGCAGUAGCUCGGAAGCUACAAUAGAUCAAGAAAUUGCAUGGUACCCUCAGCAAAAACUCGAUACAGCUAGAAACAAGCUGUCCUUAGAGAACCCCGGAUACACCAUGGCAAAGGAUGUUUCGAGAAACAAGCGCGUACUAAAAAUGCAGAAGGAUAUGGCAGCUGUGACACGCGGUGAUCCGAAGCAUAAUAUCCGGGCCAGAGUUGGCGAACGGUGCAGCACAGUUCAGGAGCAAGUCCGUUGUCUCAUCGACCUGGCUACUGAUCCGGCUAUCCUUGGAAGAACUUGGGUCGGAUGGAGUCCUCUGACGUAA